AUGAGUUUGCAGUCAGCAUGUGCAGCUCAACUCGCACCACAUGAGCUCCAUGGAACGGCAGUCGGAUUCCUCAUGGGAUCAGUUGCGUUAACGGCCCUUUUCGGUACCCCAAUUAGUGGCCAGCUAGUUGGAUCUUACGGAUAUCUUGCUUUGUCGAUGUAUGCUGGAGCAUCUCUCGUCGUGGGCGCGCUCCUCAUCUUUUGGGCUCGCUUCAAACUGAACAAAAUCAUACUUUCACGGCAAUGA